AUGGAUUUAUCUUACAUGAUGGCAGGUAAUGCCAAAAGCUUUAUUGAAAUAGUAUCUUCAUCCUCGCCUUCUCACUAUUCUGCAUACUCUCUCUCUAUCGAUAAAUCUGUUGUCUUGGAUGAAAGCUCACCUCCUUCGUCUGCAAAAAAGUGUGAUAUAACUCCAAGAAAACUCAAUCUUACUCCCAUGGGUAAAGGAUCGCUUGAUAUAAUGUCCCUGUUCGCUAAAAAGCCAUCCAAUAUAGAUGCUCCAGGGAGAGAUGAAACAAUAAAAGGAAAGCAAAUCAUAGAAAAUAAAUGCGAAGAUAUCACAUAGGAAUUAAAUUUAAUGAACUAAUUUGUAAAAGAGUAAAUUUAAAGAUCAAAGGAGUCUCAUGAUGACAAAGAAAUGGAAAUAUUUGAGUUAAAAUAAUAUUUUAUUAAACAAAUGAAGGAACUAUAAGAGAGAAAUUAAAAUUUGUUAAAUGAAAAUAUGGUCUUAAAAGAAAUACAUAAUGAGUUAGAUAGGUCAGCUGAAAAAAUAGCCGUUUUUCGCUCUGGUUAAAAAUCAUUGAAUAUUUGCAGUUAUUUGUACGAUAGUUGGAAAAACAGAGAGUCAAAAGCAGAUUUAUAUAAUAAGUAUAUAGAUAAAGUCUAGUAAUACGAUGAAUUACUCAAAAAACAUUAAUAGCUUGAGUCUGAAUAUUUAAAAUUGCUCUAAACAAAUAAUAAUUAGUUAUUAGCAAAAGGAACUAGCAACUAAAUGGAAGUAUAAAAAAAGAAAAGAGGAAGAAAGCCUAAAAAUAGUUAACAAUUUUAAGAAAACUCUUUUAUUAAUAUAGAAAAUGAAAAUAGUUGUGAAGUCUUAACUAAAAAAUUGCUUAAAAGUUUAGAAACAGAAGGAAUAAAUAGUAAAAAUAUAAAGUAAAGGAAAGAAUAUAUCAUAGAUGAUGAUAAUAAAAGCGAUGUUAGUGUAAAGGUUUUGAAAGAAAAAACUGAUUUUUAUAACAAAAGGAAUUAGCUUAAUGCAACACCUAUAAAAAAUAUGUAAAAAAAUAAAAGUGCUAAUAAAUAGGUUGAUAAUAAAACUCCAAUUAAAUAGAUUGUUUUACUUGAUAGUGAUAAAAGUUCUAUAAGCUAAAAAUCAUAGUUAACAAAGAAGCAACCACCUAAGCAAAUAAAUUAAAAUAAUAAUAAUAAUAGUAAUAAUAAUAUUAAAAAGCAAUAGCAAAACUAGCUUAUAAAUGAAGUUAGUAGAAAAAACAGCUAUUGUAAUCAAAUAGAUGACUAAGAUAAUGAAGAAUUUGAUGAUAAUAGGUCAACUGUUAGUAAUAAUUGUUCUAAAAGAGAAAAUAAAAAGAAAAAAAUAGUUUCAAAGUAAAUGAAAAAAUUUAAUUAAGAGGCAUAAGAUACAGCUUUUAAUUCAAUAGCAGAUACUCUUUUCAAUUUUUGA